CUCUGCUCACCUCCGGAUAAAUUACGGGGUCUCUCGCGCCGCGCAUGGCGCCUCCCGUCCGCCUCGAGCGUCCCUUUCCUUCCCGGCGCUUUCCUGGGUUGCUUCUGGCGGCCCUGGUGUUGCUGCUGUCGUCCUUCUCCGAUCAAUGCAAUGUCCCGGAAUGGCUUCCAUUUGCCAGGCCUACCAACCUAACUGAUGAGUUUGAGUUUCCCGUUGGGACAUAUCUGAACUAUGAAUGCCGCCCUGGUUAUUAUGGAAGACCGUUUUCUAUCAUCUGCCUAAACAACUCAGUCUGGACAAGUGCUAAGGACAAGUGCACACGUAAAUCAUGUCCUAAUCCUUCAGAUCCUGUGAAUGGCAUGGUGGAAGUGAUCAAAGACAUCCAGUUCAGAUCCCAAAUUAAAUAUUCUUGUACCAAAGGAUACCGACUCAUUGGUUCCUCAUCUGCCACAUGCAUCCUCUCAGGCAAUACUGUCAUUUGGGAUAAUGAAACACCUGUUUGUGACAGAAUUAUUUGUGGGCCACCCCCCACCAUCGCCAAUGGAGAUUUCAUUAGCAUCAGCAGAGAGUAUUUUCACUACGCAUCAGUGGUGACCUACCGCUGCAAUCUUGGAAGCGGAGGGAGAAAGGUGUUUGAGCUCGUGGGUGAGCCCUCCAUAUACUGCACCAGCAAUGAAGAUCAAGUGGGCAUCUGGAGCGGCCCGGCCCCUCAAUGCAUUAUACCUAACAAAUGCACGCCUCCAAAUGUGGAAAAUGGAAUAUUGGUAUCUGACAACAGAAGCUUAUUUUCCUUAAAUGAAGUUGUGGAGUUUAGGUGUCAGCCUGGCUUUGUCAUGAAAGGACCCCGCCAUGUGCGAUGCCAGGCCCUGAACAAAUGGGAGCCAGAGCUACCAAGCUGCUCCAGGGUGUGUCAGUCACCUCCAGAAAUCCUGCAUGGUGAGCAUACCCUAAGCGAUCAGGACAACUUUUCACCUGGGCAGGAAGUGUUCUACAGCUGUGAGCCCGGCUAUUACCUCAGAGGGGCUGCAUCUUUGCACUUCAUGCCCCAGGGGGACUGGAGCCCUGAAGCCCCCAGAUGUGCAGUGAAAUCCUGUGAUGACUUCCUGGGCCAACUCCCUCAUGGCCGUGUGCUGUUUCCACUUAACCUCCAGCUUGGGGCAAAGGUGUCCUUCGUUUGCGAUGAAGGGUUCCGAUUAAAAGGCAGGUCUGCUAGUCAUUGUGUCUUGGCUGGAAUGAAAGCCCUUUGGAAUAGCAGUGUUCCAGUGUGUGAACAAAUCUUUUGUCCAAAUCCUCCAGCUAUCCUUAAUGGGAGACACAUAGGAACUCCCCUUGGAGAUAUUCCCUAUGGAAAAGAAAUAUCUUACACAUGUGACUGCCACCCACACAGAGGGAUGACCUUCAACCUCAUUGGGGAGAGCACCAUCCGCUGCACAAGUGACUCUCAAGGGAAUGGGGUUUGGAGCAGCCCUGCCCCUCGCUGUGAACUUUCUGUUCCUGCUGGUGCACAUGAUACUCUUAUAGUUGGUAAGUUUUAUGAAGGGUUUGCUGAGGAAUUCUGGCAUCUUUAA